AUGUCUACUGCCUGUCGACGGAUUGAUUUUGAUGAGUUAGACUUAGAAGGGUCUGAAACUGAUGAUGAGUUAGAGCUAGAAAAUACAAGUAUUGCUAAUGUUAUUGCUUCCAAUAUUGAUGAUCAAGAAAGAGAUGAAUGCGGUGCAAGAAUUGAAAUCUUGUUGAAUGAACACAUGAUGAGUGAUGACUCUGUACUUCAAGAAAUGGCAAGCAAAAUGAAAGAUAAAUUUCACAAGUAUUGGAGCGAUUAUAGCAUGAUUCUUGCACUUGGGACUGUUCUUGACCCACGAAUGAAGUUUGAGGUGAUUGAACAUUAUUAUCCUUUGAUUGAUCCUAUACAUGGCCAUGCAAAGAUUGAAACUAUCAAGUACAAGUUGAUUUACAUAUUUGAUCAAUAUAAAGAAAUGAGUGGUACAUCAUCAUCUCCAACUACUCAAUCAUCUUUAGGGCCAGGGACAUCAUCAAAUCAUCAAUCAUUUGUGGGUUCACAUAACAUAGUGGAGAAAGGGAGGGAUGAGAAAAAGGCAUUAUUUCAAGUUUAUGGUGAUUUUCUUAGAGUGAAGAUCCGUGAUGCUUCUUCCAUUACAAAGUCUGAGUUAGAUUAUUAUUUGAAAGAAGCAACUCUUGAUCUUAAUGCAUUCAUAGAAAUGAAUGUCUUGGAUUAUUGGAAGAAUAAUCAACAUAGAUUUUCAAUUCUUUCAAAAAUUGCAUGUGAUGUCUUGAGUAUUCCGAUCACUACAGUAGCUAGUGAAUCGGCCUUCAAUAUUGGUUCACGCAUUCUUACAAAGUACGGGUCUUCCCUUCUUCCAGAGAAUGUUCAAGCUCUUGUUUGCACAAGGAAUUGGUUGUUUGGAUGGAAUUAUGAUGGUGAAGGUUCUGAUGAUGAGGAUGAUGAUGAAGCUAAGUUAAUUAUGUUAGAUGAAGAUAAUCAUGCAAUAGAACAAGCUUCUAAUGUCAUCAAUUUAACAUGA